CAAACCCAAAAACACAUGCAUGAACUCAGACAGAGAGAGAGAGAGAGAGAGAUGGAGAGCAAGCAUUUUAGUCACCCUCACAACUUAAGCCUCCAUGAAAUUCCAGAAGGGGCGAAAAUUGAUUGCUCUGGUUGUAACUUGCCAAGCUCAGGUCUAGUUUAUGUCUGCAGGCAAUGCAAUUACUUCCUCCAUGAACAAUGCUUUCGUGCAAGUCGCUCCAUCCAACACCCAUCCCAUCCACUUCAUCCUUUAACCCUCAUACCAUAUCCAACUUACACCUCUGGAUCCUUCUUGUGCGAUUCCUGCCGUCAAACUGGAUCUGGGUUUUCUUUCAGCUGCUUCAAUUGUGAUUUUGACCUCCACGUCCAUUGUGCUUGUAUUUCUCAAAAUACAAGCACAAUGGACACUGAGUCACAAACAGAGGUGAGAGGGUCUAACCUGAUUGAACACAUGUCCCAUGCCAACCACUUCCUCACACUUCUAUCUAAGUCACUCUACGUCAAUGGUGAGUUCAUUUGUAAUGCUUGUGGCGAAUAUGGGAGGGACACAGAAUACAAUUGCUCCACAUGUAAUUUUGAUCUCCACGUUGAAUGUGCUUCCUUGAAAGAAAAUGUGAAUCGCGAAGAUCACGAACACCAUCUCACUCAGUACUAUUUUCGUUUCCAAGUCCAUAUGAUAGCGAGGAUAUUAACUUUGAGUGCGAUGUUUGUCAUCGCAAUGUUUCGAAGGACUGUUGGUUUUAUUGCUGUGUAGAUUGUGAUUAUGGAACUCAUGUGAAGUGUGUAUUGGCUAAGGAACGAUCGAAACAAGAAGUGGAACUUGAAAGAUUCAUUGAGACUCAACAAGAACUGUCGAAACUUCAAUUUCAAAUGCAAAUUAACAGAGUAACGGCACAACUUAUAUCCUCAUCAAUUUCAAACUUAUAUCCUCGCUAGAAGCUUUGCUCAUUUUCAUAUUGGGAAAUGGUGAUCAAAAGCAUAGUCACCCAUGGGAGCCUAAUGUUCUGCUUCCUGCAAUAUAAAUUCGUACAAUUUAAGUCUAGUUUCAAGGUAAUCAUUUCCUUUAAAUUGAAGGUUAAUCAGCCUAUUAAUUAAGGUGUACAUCCGUUGAAAAAAAUUAAUAAAAUUUUAAACGAAAUGACCAAAUUGAAGCUAAACUUAAAGUGUAUGGACUAAAUUAUUUAAAUUAAAAUAAUAGAAAUUAAAGUAAAAUUUAGGACACACUAUUAAGAUGAAAAAUGUAACUUGCCCAAAAUAAUUUGAGCAGUUUACAAGUUUGUUGUCCUGUUAUGCGUUUCACUUUUCUUAGUCAUUGUGUAUUUGUUUUUGAGUCAAUUCCAUCUAAUUCCACUUGUAUUAAUUUUACU